GCUGAAAGUAGCUUCAGUGAAGAGGAGGAAGAAAAACUUCAAAUAGCUUUUUCGUUGGAAAAGCAGGAUCUUCAUCUAGUUCUUGAAACUAUAUCAUUCAUUUUGGAACAGGCAGUCUAUCAUAAUCUGAAGCCUGCUUCAUUGCAACAACAGCUGCAAAGCAUUCACCUAGAUCAAGACAAAGCUGAAGCAUUUGCCAGUGCGUGGGCGGCUGCAGGUCAAGAUACGAUCGAAAAGUUCAGGCAGAGGGUUUUGACCCCUCAGAAGCUUGAAACAAUUGGAUGGCAGCUUAAUCUUCAAAUGGCAGAGUCCAUGCAAGCAAAGCUGAAGUCUCCUCGAGCUGUGCUAGAGCUGGGAGUGAGCAAUGAAGAUUCCAAGAACCUGAAGAAAGUGUUUGUAGAAUUUAGUCAUCAGGAGCUGUUUGAGUUCUAUAACAAGCUGGAAACUAUACAAGCACAGCUGGAUUCCCUUACGUGA